ACAUUGAUGUGACUGGAUAUUCUGGAGGAAGUGUUCUUGUUAGCUCAUGGAAGACUUGGUUCAGUGGUUCUGCUAAAUAUAUGGCCAAAUUGCCUGAGUGGAAAAGAAUAAUAAAUGAUAAGAAACAUGAUGAAUGGAUUAAUGAAGGAAGAUUCACUUUAUUUUCCAAUGAUUAUGGAAAGCUCAUGAUCUUCAUCAGAGAACUGAACACACAAGAUGCUGGAAGUUACAGGAUUGAGGUUGAAGGCCAGUGGUUCAUUGAAAUGACUUUGAAUGUGGAAGAAGGUCCAUGUUGUAAAGUGUCAAGGAGAGUGAUGGUGAAUAUUGGAGAAACUGCCAGUUUCAGCUGUGAAUAUUCACAGAAUCAUAUAAAUGAUCCCAAGAUCAUAUUCAAAGAAGGAAAAGACUCAAUUGAGAUGAUUUACAGCAGAUGGAAGAAGAAAGAAAGAUUCAGUAUUUCUGAUGACAAAAAUAAAAACAUCUUCAGUGUGAGAAUCACUGCUGUGACACCAGAUGAUGGAGGAGUUUAUUUAUGUGGAGUUUGGAUCUACACAUAUUCAUACAGUUACUACAUUAUUAAUACUGUUCAUCUACAUAUUAUUACUAAAGUGGGCGUGUCUAGAGUGAGCGGCUCCUCAGGAGGAAGUUUGAUGAUCAAGUGUGAACAUCCUCAAUACAAAACCAACCCAAAAUACAUCUGUAAAGAAUCAGACGGAUGUUCAGAGAGGAAGAAUCCAGGAGUUCAGGGUGAAUGGAUGGAGAAUGGAGAUGUUUCUUUAUAUGACGACACCAGAGCAGGAGUCUUGAUGGUGUUUUUUAGAGAGCUGAAAGCUGCAGAUGCAGGAACAUACAGGUGUGGAGUGAACGUAUCUGACUAUACUGAGAGCUUCACUGAACUACAGCUGAGCGUCAGACAUGAUGCAAAGAGUGUGACUGAAUCUGCUCUUUUUGGUGAAGAAGUCAACAUCACCUGUCAGAUCCCAGAGGAACAUGAAGUUCAUUUCUGCAAAGAGGAUGAUAAUCACAUCUGCCAAACCAUCAGCUCAUCUAAAGUGACAGAAAUGAGUGGUUCAUCAGAGAGAAAUGAAGAGAGAGUUGUUACAGUGAGCUUCAGUAAUGUGAGUGUGAGAGAUGCUGGAGUUUACUGGUGUGGAGCAGAAACCAGAGACACAUAUCUGACUUUCAUCUCCCUGAACACUAAAAUUCAGCUCAACCUCAUCACUAAAGUGGGCGUGUCUAGAGUGAGCGGCUCCUCAGGAGGUCGUUUGAUGAUCAAGUGUGAACAUCCUCAAUACAAAACCAACCCAAAAUACAUCUGUAAAGAAUCAGACGGAUGUUCAGAGAGGAAGAAUCCAGGAGUUCAGGGUGAAUGGAUGGAGAAUGGAGAUGUUUCUUUAUAUGACGACACCAGAGCAGGAGUCUUGAUGGUGUUUUUUAGAGAGCUGAAAGCUGCAGAUGCAGGAACAUACAGGUGUGGAGUGAAAGUAUCUGACUAUACUGAGAGCUUCACUCAACUACAGCUGAGCAUCAGACACGAUGAAAAAUAUCCAAACAGCGUGAAUGAAUCUGCUCAUAUUGGUAAAGAAGUCAACAUCACCUGUCAGAUCCCAGAGGAGCACAAGUUUCAUUUCUGCAAAGAGGAUGAUAAUCACACUUAUAAUCACAUCUGCCAAAACAUCAUCUCAUCUAAAGGGACAGAAAUGAGUGGUUCAUCAGAGAGAAAUGAAGAGAGAGUUGUUACAGUGAGCUUCAGUAAUGUGAGUGUGGGAGAUGCUGGAGUUUACUGGUGUGGAGCAGAAACCAGAGACACAAAUCUGACUUUCAUCUCCCUGAACACUAAAAUUCAGCUCAACCUCAUCAUGCCUCCAGUAGUGAGACAUGAAGGAGAAUCUGCUGAGAUCAUCUGCUCUUAUGAUUCAAUCUAUAAAUCAAAGCCAAAGUCUCUCUGUAAGGGGAAGUGCUCCACUAGAGACAGAAAUCCUCUCAGUGAGACUGUGAGAGAAGAGAAAGAGACCAAGACCGGCAGAUUGACUCUGAAUGAUGACGUCACUGCAGGUGUCUUCACUGGGACCAUAACUGGACUGACAGCAGAGGAUGCUGGGAAAUACUGGUGUGCAGUGACAUUAGAAACAGAGCUCAAUUAUCUUUACACUCAUCUGAUCGUCAUCAUGAACGAGGAGCUGAACUUGACUAAGUAUGAAGGAGACGACGUGUCAAUCCAGUGCAAACAUCAUGAUGAAGAUCAGAAAAGAUUCUGCAAAGCACAUGAAGCCUCCAUGUGUGUGAAGGAUGGAGUUUCAUUGGAGACGAUCAGAGAUGAUCGAUUCUCUUUCAGCGAUGAAGCAUCUACUGGAGUCUUUACUGUGAACAUCACUGAUCUGAGAGAAGAGGAUUCUGGGAUAUACUGGUGUGGAGCUCACGCCAUUAUUAAAGUCAAUCUUGAAGUCAACAAAGGUGUUUCUGGCAGAAUCACAGUCUCUUGCGUUUGUGUGACUCUGCUGCUGAUGGGAGCGUCUGUCCUGUUAUUAUACAAAUUAGGAUAUAUCAAGACACGAGAUCAGCACCCUUCCCCGGACAGGACGGAGAUGAGCAGCGGAGAGGCCUCUCAUGCAGCAUGUGACUAUGAGAAUAUCAAAGAUGCCAGACGUCACUCAGUCCCGGAUACUGAGGAAACGGCGUUAUAUUCCACUGUCACACAUCCCACAGACUCGUCUGAUCCAAACGACCCGCUGUAUUCUACAGUACAGUUACCCACAAACCCCUCUGAUGGGCUCCUGUACGCUUCUGUCCAUUUCCAGAAGCAUGAAGAGUCUCUCAGCGAUGCUAAAGUUACCUUCAGUAACGAGGAGGUUUACUGUAAUUACACCAUGGUCAGUCCCCACAUGUCACUCAACUAGCUCCACUCAACACUCAGGUGUUUGUUUGUUUUUUUUUUGUUUUUUUUUGCAAUUAUGCCAAAGAACCCUUUUUGGUUCCCCAAAUAACCUUUCAGUGAACUGUUCUUGGUGCCAUGGAUCUUAAAGGUUCUUCAUGCAACCAUCAAGGCCAGUAAAAAAACUUUAUUUUUAAAAGAGUAUAGAAUCUGGUCACAAGUGCAGUGAAAUUUUAAUGCAUACAGUGACUCCUAAAAUUAUUUACACACUUCAGUGACACUUAAAAAUGCAUUUCAUUAGAUAUAAAAUUCUUUAUAUAUAUAUAAAAAAAACAAAUACCAUUUAUUGUAAAGAAAAUCAGCAAAAGUACUUUCAAAAGUACACUCAAAAUAAGAAGUAUUCCAUGACUUUGCGCAUGUUUGUGAUUAGUGGAACAUGUUCACAGUGAACUUGAUGAACCACCCUUGUGUACGCUCAUAAAUGUGAAAGAAAUUCAUAAUUGUGAGGAAAAACUCUAGUAGCACUUGUUUGCACGUGACACUUGAUCUGCUCUCUCUGUUUACUCUCAGACGUUUAUCAGUUUACUAUAGUUAGUCAUUUUGUCACACCUCCGUGAAAUUACAGAUAAGAGUCUGUUGAUAAACUUAGAAAACACAAGAGAGGAGCAUCUGCUGAAAAUGUACAAGAAAACAACUCAACUGGACACUUUUUUUUUUUACACCACAGCGGGGGUUUUCAGUGUUGUUCAUGCACAACACACCCUUGCACCCACAAGAAAUGUCUGAUGCAUAAAAACGCAGAAAGAAAAUGGAACCACAUACAGAUGUAUUUUUAUUAUGAAUUUUACUCACUGCAGCUGUUAUUCUAUUUAUUCUUUCUAACUGCACUGUGUUUGUUCAGAGAUGCCUCAUUUGGAGCAGAAGGAUUAUGUGAAAUAAAAAAGUGUGUUUAGGUGCCAUACCAGUUAUGAGAUAUUAAUAUAGGCUGAAUGAAUCAUGUGCCUUGUUCAUUUCAUGUCUGUUGUACAAUUCAACAUCUGUGUGUUUGUGUUUGUUAUAUACAGUUUUAAGUUUUUUUCACGUAUCAAGUGUUUUAUAUUCAAAGUGUUAAUCAUACAGGGACACUAACCCAAAUCACCUUCAGCUAGUCAGUUGUUUGACUAGACUCUAAUUAUUUACUUUGUAUACCACACGUUUAAGUUUGCUGCCCUCUGCUGUUAAAGCAUUAAAAAUGCAGUUUAAACCUUCACUUGUUC